AUGACUUCGGUUAUUAGCGCAUUGCGCAAGCAAAUUGCAACAUGCGAAGCCACACUCAAAGAUCUGCGCCAACAGCUGGCGGAAGCGGAGCACAAUCAACGCGAGCAGGGCAAGAUUGUGCCGCAAAAAAGGCGACUGGCAACUGAUCCUGUAAACCCCAUGGAUCAUGACAUGAAUUUUGGAGUCCCGGAUCAGUUUCGCGACGAGAUCUUUUCUAUCCUUCAGCAAGAGCAAACGGCGCCGGAUGCCGCAAGCACUGUAGCUGAGGAUGCGCCAAAAUGGCCAUUGGAGAAGAACGAGUACAAGAGAUAUGGAAGGCAGCUGAUUAUGCCUGAGAUUGGUCUGAAAGGUCAGCUCCGCUUGAAAGAUGCCCGUGUACUCAUCACUAGGCUCAACCCUAAUGUUACACUUGUCCCUCACACAUCCCGACUCAGCCCAGAGACUGCGGUUUCGACAUUCAAACAGUACGACUUGGUUCUAGACUGCACAGACACUCCCGCGUCGCGCUACCUAAUAUCCGAUACAUGUGUCCUCCUAGGCAAGACGCUCGUCUCUGCAUCAGCCCUCCGUAUAGACGGCCAAAUGAUGGUUCUGAACAACCCACCCUUACCAGCCGGCGAUCCCAACGGAGGCCCCUGUUACCGCUGCGUCUUCCCCAAACCACCACCCCCCGAAUCCGUCGUCUCAUGUGGCGACGGCGGCAUCCUAGGACCGGUCGUCGGCGUAAUGGGCGUCUUGCAAGCACUCGAAGCGAUCAAAGUCCUCACCCACAAACCCACCACCACACCCGCAGAUCCCCCGAGUCUUCUUCUCUUCUCGGCUUACUCGAAUCCCAUGUUCCGAUCUAUACGGCUCAGGAGUCGGAAAGCGAAGUGCGCUGCUUGUUCGACGCACGCAACGAUUAGUGCAGAAGCGCUGGAGUCGGGGAGUCUGGAUUAUGUCCAGUUCUGCGGCAGUUUACUUCCAGAUAACAAUCCACUGGCCCCUGAAGAACGGAUUUCAGCGAAGAACUACGCACAAUUACGAUCCGGUGUCAAUCCUUUCACGGGCACAGUAUCGAAGAAAGAAAGCCACUUGCUAGUUGACGUCCGUGAGAAGGUACAGUUUGAGUUGUGUAACAUCGACGGUAGCAUCAACGUGCCUUUCUCUACGGUCUCAGCCACCCGGGGACCUACCUCUGCCGUCGAAGAAAAGGACUGGACUAAGAUGCUACGGCAAUCCGAGAAGCCCAUCUUUGUUGUGUGUAGAUUGGGUAAUGACUCGCAGGUUACGGUCAAGAAGAUGAAAGAGCUUGGACUCGAUGCGGGCGGGAAGAGGUAUAUUGGUGAUAUCAAAGGGGGUCUGCAGGCGUGGAGAAGUACGGUCGAUACUGAGUUUCCGGAUUACUGA